AGGUUGGCUAAAGAGAGAAGUUAAAUCACGGAAAAGAUAUGUGUUGCUGGUUAAUCCUGCUCGAGACUGAAGAGGAGGAUCUGUGAGAAAGGAGAGCAGCUCUUGUGAAAUCCUUUUGUUGCCUUUCCUAACGACAUGGAGACAGCCAUUAAGACCGUUGUCACCACAUUUCUUGGCUCUGCCAAGGGAGGAGAAAACAUGACCGGGGGCGCCUUCCAGAAACUGGUGAAGAAUCAGCUUGGCGGCCUAAUGGAAGACACAAACUCUUCCUCAGCCGUCAAAGAGAUGCAACGCGGGCUGGAUGCGAACCACGAUGGGAAGGUCAGCUUCCAGGAAUACCUCACUCUGAUUGGCUACGUGGCCAACUCCCUCAGUCAGCAGAAGAGUGGUUCAAACACAGAUAAUUCCUAGAUGCUUGAGAACAUGCUGUGGUUGUAUGUUCUACAAAUCAAGAGCCUUUUUUUAACGCGCUUUUCGAGUAACGUCCUUCCUUACAGUAUAUACAUUCUUCAACAACAGUCCAUAAUCAGUUGUCAGAUGUAUCCUGCUCAGAUUUUGACUUUAAUGCCAACCUGCUCGAAUUUCUUUUUCCGUCACAUCAUUGAUCCCCACUGUUAACAACAUUGAAGGACUCUGAGUUGUGUUUUUCUACCAUUUAUGCAGAGGAUGCGUACUGUUUUUUCAAAAUAAAGAUUUUAUGUAACAAAA